AUGCUGCAUUGCAUGACAGCCUAUCAAACCAACAAUGCCCAGCAAUACGGCUUCAAAGCUGACACUGGCAGACGUACACCUGGAUUGUUUGGCAGCAAGCGAUCGUCGUUGGGCAAUCUUAGAAAAUCGAAAUCAGCCACGAGCAGCCUUCCCAACAAUCGACCACGUUCUGCAUCAGCACCUCGAAAGCCAUCCGACUUGAUGACCGUGGAUAUGACAAUGAAACGCCGUUCGACUGGAUGUUUACGUCGGUCCUCCUUUUUGUCCACUAAAUCAUCUGUUGGUAGUGGUGGAUCUGGCAAGGAGGCGUGGCGACCACCAGGAUUUUACGAAAUCCCCGACAUCCUCGGCAACGCCUUUUUGAAGCCUGAACCUUCCAAUGAAAAGACAUACAGCCUACGUCCGUAUACGCCCAAUAAGCACAUUUCAAAGAAGCCUUGGUUGCCUGUAGGCCCUCACUCUGAAAUUCCACAACUUCCACCUCUUGUGCGUACCGAAAACGAAUUUGAACGUCGCAUUCGUAAAGCAUUGCCAAAGACACAAGUCUCGUCUCUCGAUCCUCGCAACAAGUAUAGCAGCUUUAAGGAAAUCGGCACAGGUGUCAAUGGAUCUGUUGUACGAGCCAGCCACAGAUACAAGAAGAAUACGUUCUUGGCUAUCAAACGUUGUCGAUUGGACCCUGAUCGCGAGUAUCGAGCCGCUAUUGUGCGAGAGCUUCGUAUCAUGGCAUCCGGUCAUUCCAACCUUAUCCGCUUGCGUGAAGUGACACUAUGGAGAGAUGAUGUCUGGAUCGCCAUGGAUUUGCAACGUUGCUCUGUUUUCGCCGUUCUUUGCCAACGUGGCAUUCCAGAGGAAUACGCUAUCAACAUCACAUGCGAGACUCUCAAGGCUUUGAUCUACUUACACAGCAAGGGCUUUAUCCAUCGAGAUGUCAAGUGUGAAAAUCUAUUGCUUGGUUGGAAUGGCGAAGUUAAGCUUGCUGAUUUUGGUCUUGCGACUCGCACCAACAAGCGCAACCGUGAUCGUCUUGGUACCAGCAAGUGGAUGGCACCUGAAGUUAUUCGUGAGCAGUACUACGAUGAAAAGAUUGACAUGUGGUCUUUGGGUAUCACAAUCAUCGAAAUGAUGGAUCGGGUCCCUCCCAACUACCUUAUCAAGGAUGAGAUUGAGUUAUUCGCCACCAUCCUCAGUGAGCCUAGCCCAACAUUCACUUACAGCUAUCCAACCAUGUACAUGCGUGGCCUCGUCGCCUGGUUACUUGAUGAAGCACCACAAACACGUCCUUCAGCCAAGGAAGUCCUCGCUGAAAUUGAUGCCCAUGUUCAAAGCCGCCUCUUGAAUUGUGCCAGCACUAUCGAGACAGCUCGCUUUGUCAACCACGUCCUGCCACCUGCAUAA